AUUAAACCUACAACAACAUAAAAGUGACCCUAAGUGCUCAGUGCGCAGUGUUCAGUUUAGUGUACUCAACGCAAAGCAUAGUCUAAAUAGAUUCGAAUCCGCGCGCAGCGAAUUGUUUCGAUUCGACAUCGUUCCGAGUUCCUUUACUUACGCCGCGCUUAUGAAGGAGAUGGGCGAUAAUACGCACGGUGUCGACUUCGACACUGAAUCGGACACGGCAUUCAAACCUACCUCCACGUUGGUACUACGAUCACCGCCGAAUAAAUGCGCAUCAAAUCCUGAUUUGUCAUCGGAAUUCCGUAAACGUAAAUAUGACAAAAUGACAAACAUAUCAGAAGAUGUCGAGGAAAUGAUCGAGCGUAAGUUUUCAAGCCUCCAGGAUAAUAUUACUGCCACCAUAAACACAGCUCUGGCCGCUGGCUUGGCAACCGAACUCGCUAAAAUUUCCAACACAUUGAGCCAAAUUCAACUCGAUAUUCAAAAGGUUAAUCAAGACAACACGGCCAUCAACCAAACGUUAGAUGAAGUCAAGAAUCGCCUGACACAAGUUGAGGAUUCACUUCAAUUUACCGGCUCGCGUCAGAGCUCUUAUGAGGAAAGGCUGAGUACGGUAGAAUCUAGCAUGUCGUUAUCACAAGGUCAGGCGGAUCGUAUCCAGACUCUUGAACGCACCAUAGAUAAAAUGGAACAACAAUCGCGAAUGAAUAACAUAGAAAUAUGCAACAUGCCUGAGAAGCGCGGCGAAAACUUAAUUAGUAUUAUCAGCGACAUAGGAACCGCUAUAAAAUUUACUUUUACGCCCAGUGACAUUGUCUCAAUACAUCGUGUACCACACGCCGACCCCAGCUGUAUUCGCCCGAAAAACAUAAUAGUGCGUUUUACCUCAGUUAUACUACGUGACAAUAUAUUGGCUGCAUUUCGCCUUGCGAAAGGACUCAAUACUUCACAAAUAAACAUUACUGGGUCUCUGCAAAAAAUAUAUCUGAACGAGCAUUUAACACUUAAAAACAAGCUGUUACUACGACAGACUCGCGAAGCAGCCGCGAAGCAUAGCUUUAAGUAUGUAUGGGUUCGACAUGCCACUAUAUUGGUGCGCAAAGAUGACACUUCACCAAUAAUAGCUAUACGAGCUGCCCAUGAGCUGAGUAAGAUAUCGCCGAGUAGUUCCUGACCAACAUGGAUCAAG